UAGGUCACCCGGACUACGGUAUAUCUCGUGACAUAGUCGCCGACUGACGGCUGCAGUAGCACUCUCUGUCCAUCUGCUAAAACGGUCGCAUCGUUUUGUUGUUGUGUAACUUGUCAACGACAUUGCACUUGCCACCAAACGUUGGGUUUCGUUUAAGUACUAUUCUGGCCAGUAUAGUGCGACGAUUGAUGUGCAUCGGUUUCCACUCGUUUGUCCGUGUCUCCGGUGGAGUUCCACACAAUCCAGUUGCUCAUUUCGACUUUGCUAUAUGAAUCUUAAAAAGAAACCAGGAUUAGAUUUGUCGGGCAGCUUUAUUUCCCUUUUGUGGAGAUGGCGUGGAUCUUUAUACAAGCUAUGUUACAAGGAACUAAUAUGUUUUCUCGUUCCGUUCGGCAUAGUUAGCAUCAUUUAUCGUCAGGCUCUCAACGACGAACAGAAAAGUCUAUUUGAACAGGUGGUUCGCUACUGUGACAGAUACCUGAAUAUGAUUCCCCUUUCAUUUAUUCUGGGUUUUUACGUCACUAUCAUAGCAACAAGAUGGUGGCAGCAAUGUAUGGCUUUACCAUGGCCUGACAGAUUAAUGUUAACAAUCGCAAUGUACAUUCCCGGAUGUGACAACGAAUCGAAGCUUCUACGGAAAACACUCAUGCAGAACUGCAACCUCAUGGCUGUCCUUGUUUUCAGAUCAAUUUCAGAGUCAGUGCGUUCGCGCCUUAAAUCUCUCGAGGAUGUUGUCAAUGCAGGUUUUAUGACCUAUGCCGAAAUGGAAACCUAUAAGGCAGUGCAAUCUGAUGUUAACUUGUAUUGGCUACCCGGACUUUGGUUCUCUCAUCGACUUCGAGAGGCGCAAGCUCGUGGACGCAUUAUCGACUCGUAUGGAGCCCAGCUCAUCAUGAAGGAAUUGUUGGAAUUUCGUUCCAAAUGCGGCAUUUUAUGGAGUUACGACUGGGUUUCUAUUCCAUUGGUUUAUACUCAGGUGGUUACGUUAUCCACUUAUUCCUUCGUCAUAGCUUGCAUCUUCGGCCGCCAAUGCAUCGAUAAUGGAAGCAAGGAAAUUUCCAUUGAUGUCUAUUUUCCAUUGUGGACCGUAUUGCAAAUCCUCUUCUAUAUGGGGCUACUCAAGGUCGCAGAGCACAUGAUCAAUCCAUAUGGCGACGACGACGAAGACUUUGACUUAAGUUACCUUCUCAACAGACAUGCCAAGGUUAUAAAUCUCGGGACGAAUAUUUUGACUAGUGAAACAUGCCCUCCAAUGGAAGAUGCAUGUCUCCAAAUAGCAGCUGGAGCUGGUAUUCACACACCUAAAACUGCCGAAAGGACAUCACUGAAAAACAGAUUUACUCAAAGAUUGACAGAGCUCUAUUCACCAGCUAAGGAGGAAAAUCCUCAAAACAGAAAGCCAGACGAAAACCUCUCAACUAUUAGCAUGAACGUGGAUUUGCACACAGUUCCUCCCGUACGAAUGUCUCCGGUCGAUGUGAAGCAAUCGUCAGGCGAUUCCGCAUGGUCACACGACGGGGUCUUCAUGGAACGCAUUUAGCACGAGAAAGGACUUUCUUUCAUCUGUAGUAUGAAAACAAACAUAGUCGAAUGCCUAGCAGAAGUUGCCUGGAUCCACAGUUCUUGGUGGAUCCAGAAGUGUAGACUAAGAACUAUCUACCUAAUUAAUUGACCAAUUUCAU